AUGAGUGAACGCGUCAUCGUCAUUGUACCACGCUUGUGUGUCAAGACCGUGAAGAGUUAUCUCGAGAGUCAGAACCUCUUAGAUAAGUCUUCAAGAAUACAAAGCUGUGGAGCCGAUGAUGAUGAUUUCAUUGAAAGAUCGUUUGAAAUCCCAACCUUGAUUGACUGCCCGACCAGAAGUGAGCAAGGUCGCGGAGUAGCGAUGCAUGACAGGACUCAGGGAGUUCUAAAUACACUGUGCUUGAGACCUGAGGACAAAUCUCGUAUUAAGAUCAAGUGGGCGCCUGUCGUUGAAGCAAUUGAUGAACAUCAACACGCGGCGCCAAUAUCAUUGAAGAACAACAAUCCUAUUCUUACAGCUCAGAUCAAAUGGAUGAAUUCGCUCCAACCAGAUCUUCUGGCACAGAUGAAACUCGACUCAUCGAUAUCAAUUGACUCACCCACACCAUACUGCAUAUACAAACCGCUUCUUUUACUCUCUGCGGACCCUCUCAAACGUCCAUCAUGGCAGACCGCAUAUACGGUCCUCUCACCAACUCAGCUCAGCCAGCUCUGGGCACUCAUGGCCCUCGAAACCAAUACCACACACGUUGCAAUCAACGCCCCAAUCCCCGUACAGACUUCUACGUCCGUGGAGACCAACAUUUUGCGCUCCCCGACUGCUUUCACACCCCUCCAUGGCUCAUUCGGCCCUGCAGCACCGAUUCCCUCUCCAACAUUAUCGGACUUUGCAUCCGCGUUCUGGGUGAGCACCAAGCAGAAUGGCAUACAUCAAAUAUGGGCGCCGCUACAUACGAUGUUCAGUCGAGGCAACAUCAAGGAGAAAGCACGACUGCUGAAGCUCCCAUCCGUGGUUUCCUGCUCAGAGAGCGGUGCGGAAUGGACGGCGGUGGACCUGUACUGCGGGAUCGGAUAUUUCUCAUUUUCGUAUUCGCAGGCGGGCGCGACUGUGGUCCUCGGAUGGGAAAUUAACGGAUGGAGUUUGGAAGGAAUGAGACGGGGCGUGGAGGCAAAUAAGUGGCGCGGUGAGGUAGUGAGAGAGGACGAACAUACUAGCAAAUUGGUGAGGGCUUUUGCUAUACAACCAAAGGCAAAAUUGAAGCCAUUACUGGUCGCAUUCCAUGAGUCCAAUGCCCUUGCAAUGUCACGGAUCAAGGACUUGAGAGCAUGCAUUCCGCCAAUUCGACACGUGAACCUCGGACUCCUACCAUCUUCCGCUGCAUCUUGCGAGACUGCAGUCAAUGCUCUUGACAUCGAACUGAGCGGAUGGCUGCACGUGCAUGAGAAUAUAGCAACCAAGAAAACGGAAUAUGAUGAUAGAAUCAAGCAGAUCGUAAACGAAAUAGGGGCCAUUGUCAGAUCGACAGCAUCGCCAGACCGAGUUGUGCGAUUGGAACAUGUGGAGCACGUAAAGACCUAUGCACCAGGCGUCAUGCACUGCGUGCUAGACGUAUGCGUUGAAGUCGCUGAUAAGAACAUGAGUCGCCUUGGUGAAUGGAGACAUGUGGACAGCAAAGUAACUGAAAGGUAG